AUGAUAUGGCAUGAACAUAUCGAAAAAGGAAUUUCUCCUGAGGUAUUAAAAAUGGCUAUUGUUGUACCACUUCAUAAGAAAAGCGCUGCAAAGGAUUUAAAUAAUUAUAGACCCAUUUCUCUUUUAUCUAUUUUUUCAAAAUUGAAUGAUAUGAGUACUGAAAAUGUGCUUCUUAAGUUUUGUGGUGAAUUAUAUAGAUCUUUAAAUUUUAGCAAAGUUACUGUUGCUCUAUUUAUUGACAUCAAAAGGGCCUUCGAUAUGGUAGACCAUAACGUAUUAUUAGAUAAAUUGCAUAAUAUUGGUUUCAGGGGUCCUAUACAUUAUUGGUUCUCGUCAUACUUGGCCCGUCGCAGCAGAGAGUUAUUUUGGGUACAGAGUGUUCUGUUCAUAUGA